AUGUCAAUAGAGCUUAUCAAAUCCUGUUUAAAUCAUAUCGAAAAUUUACCAAAAUUGGCUGAUCCUUUAGAAUCAUCUAAACGUUUAGCUUCAUAUACAGCAGUGGAUACCCAUUUUUUACCCCUUUUAUCAAAACAAAGAGAUCUAGUUGUUGGUGUAGGAAGUGGAACCACAGUAGUUUAUGUUGCUGAAAGGUUGGGUGAGAUAAAAGCCAAAAUAAAUCGUAGUCUGUCCCAAUAUGAAAUUAUUUGUAUACCUACUGGGUUUCAAUCUAAGCAAUUAAUAUUAGAUAAUAAUUUGAGACUAGGAAAUAUUGAGGAAUAUCCUAAAAUCGACAUUGUAUUUGAUGGUGCUGACGAAAGUGAUCCAAAAUUAAAUUUAAUCAAAGGUGGUGGAGCAUGUUUAUUUCAAGAAAAAUUAAUUAGUAGAAGUGCUUCAGUUUUUAUUGUUGUUGCUGAUUACAGGAAACAAGUGGAAAAUAUCGGGUCCAAAUGGAGUGUACCAAUUGAGGUUGUCCCAUCAUCCUAUGUUUAUGUGACAAAUCAAUUAAAAAUAAAAUUUGGUCAUAUCCUGCAAAAAUGCAGCGUCAGACAAGGUGGGAAAGCCAAAGCCGGUCCUGUUGUCACUGAUAAUGGUAAUUUUAUAAUUGAUGUUAACUUUGGUAAAAUAACAAAACCAACUGAACUACACGAAGAAUUAAUUAAGAUUGUUGGAAUUGUUGAAACCGGCAUUUUUCCUAAUGUUAAUUGUGAAGCGGCAUACUUUGGUCACUCAGAUGGUACCGUUGUUUCUAUAAAGAUUGAACCUACGGCUGUGUUCUCACAAUGA